AACACUUUCAACGAAAAGGCUGCCAAGUCAACCCAAUACAAUCAUGCAAUGUUUUCUACUGGUGCUUUUACUUGUGAGUAGAGCGAUGGCGAUAGAGGAAUUGGAGGGUCCUGAGCAUCCGCUUAAACUCUUGAGGAGUGUCAAUAAUAUAACAGAUCAAGUCGACACCAGACUUGUGAACAAGCCUUUCACGGAGUGCAAGAAAACUGAGAUACUGAUCGUCAAUAGGGGAUGUGUUAAUCGUAAGCAAUAUAUGCUGGGUGUACUCCAGCGUUCCUGGUCUGACGGUGAUGGUUCCAACCCCACUGCUGGAAGUCUCAGCAGUAUGGUAUGCGCCAUUAAUGAGCUGCAAACGUCUUCUGGCUGUGAGCCACUGCCGCGCGACGAUCAGACUCAGCGCCCACCAGUACUGCCGAACUAUCUCUAUGGAAAUCAGGUGUACAAAAACAAACUUUCUAUACCCGAUACGGAUAAGGCGGUUCCAUUUAAUCCAGCGGGUAAUUCAAAUGGUCUACGUCACAAUUCAGGGAGUGCAAAUCAAUUUGACGCUGGAGAUGUGGUCCAAGUUGUAGAAUCUACUGGAAAUAUCGAAGCAGAAAACAGCAUUGAGCAUGUUAUUGGCCAUAAUCGGCCGAGAAAAUAUUCAUUUUUGCCGGGCAGGCUGCUUACUACCUACCGAAAGUGUCGCCCCUAUGAGGUUUUGGGCAUCAAAAAUCGUUGCAUUCGAAAGAAGGGUAAGGUUGGAUUCUACAAGCACAAGACUCACGUGUAUGGAGUACAGAAUCGUCAUCGUCAUGGGGCGAUAUACGACAAGAACAACGUAAUUCACAUUUUUCCUCAGGAAUAUCAAAAAUAACAACUCAAUAAAUUACUAAAACCAGAU